AUGAGUUCAUCAACAGAAGUAGUUCCAAUUGAUUAUAUUACCGUUCCAGUUAAAGUAUGGGAAGAUAUUCCAAAAGCUGUUCAAUGUAGUCCAAAUGUUACAGUUGCUGUUAAUAAUAAUUUAAAAUUAUAUGCUUCAAUUUCUGUAAAUGAUGCUAUGAAAAGUUUAGCAACCGUUGGUGAUUUAUUAAAAGUUGCCAAUGCCGCCGCUCAUGGAUUCCCUUGUAGUGUUCCAAUCAUUGCAAUUUUAUCUGAUUAUCAAUCAUUAGUAAAUGAUACAGUUAAUACUUGUUCAACAUUUGUUUUCAAUUGUAUUGGUGCCAUUAAUCAACAUGCACUUGCAUUACGUAUUGCUGCUGAUUUCCCUCAAAAAGCAAUGGCUAUGAUUAGUAAAACUGCUGAAAAAGCUAAAGAAAUGGCUGAACAAUCUCAAAAGUUGGUUGAUUUCGCUAAAAAAUUAGUUGACAAAUCCACUGAAGCUCUUACAAUGGCAACGGGUGAUCAAAAAGACACAAUGGCCGCUGAAAGAGAAGUCCAAAAGAAACAAGGUGAACUCGAAGCCCAAGCUGCAAAAUUACAAUCUGAAAUUGCAGAUCUCAAAGAACAAGUUGCUGAAUUUAAAGAAUUAGCCGAAAAAGCUGGUAAAGAAGCUGCUGAACAAAGAAAGAUUGGUAUGAUUUUACAAAUUGUUGGUGCAGUCACUAAACCAUUAGCUCAAUUAGCUGGUCCAAUCAUCUCUGCUGCAUCGGGUGCAGGUGUUGCUGGUAGUGCUGGUAAAAUCCUUGGAAAUUUAACAGGUGGUGGUAAAACUGAAGAUGAAAAGGAACCAAAAAAAGAAACCGAAAAACCAACUGGUGAUGACGCAACUUCACAAAUAAAAGAUAAGAAAAAGAAAUUAGAAAAAAAAGAAGAUGAUAAAACAAAAGAAUUGGAAGAAAAGAAAGAUGAAUUGAAAAAAGUUGAAGCUGAACCAGAUUCUGAAGAAAAGAAACAAAAGAAAGAGAAAUUAGAAAAGGAAAUAAGCGAAAUUAAAGAUGCUCUUAAAGAAUUAGGUGAAUCUCUUAGUAAUGUCGCCACUGAAAUUGCCAAUGAAUAUAAAGAGAGAGCUUCCAAAAGUGAAGAUAAAGAAGCUGCGUAUAUGAAAUUGAAAUCUGAAUAUCAAGAUUUACAAAGAAAAUCAAAUGCUGAUUUAGCUCAAAAUGUAGUUCAAUUAAAGAAUUUAGCAGUUGAAAAGAAUUAUUUAGAAGUUUCAAUUAAGAGUUUAGAAAUUACCAUUAAAACAAUGGGUAGAGUUAGAACAAUCUUUGAAAAUACUCGUCUCUUUUGGUUACAAGUUAAAGCUCAAUGUGAUUCAUUAUCUGAUGUUAGUAAUAUUAAAGAUCUCGCUGAAAUCGCUGAACUUAGUGUUAAAUAUCAAACUGAUUUCACCAAUCAAAUUAAAUCAUCAGGUUUAAAUUGGUUAGCAUUAGCUCAAAUUAAUUUUGUUGCAAGUAAUGCAAUUACUGGUGUAAAAAAGAACUUUGAUGAAGUCAUGUCAAAUUUACCUGGUAAAGCUGAAGCUGAAGCAAUCGUUAAGGCAUGUUGUGAUGAAAUUGAACAAGCACUCACUGAAGAAAAUAAAAAAAUUGAUGAAAUCAAAAAAGAAUCUGACAAACUUGCUAAUAAACCAAAAGAAGCUUAA